CAGACGAUGACCGCGGCCAAAAUGUUGCUCGCCGCUAUCGGCUUGUGAGAAACAUCACUCUUCGUUGCACGAGAGAUUUUCCCUAUAGUAUUCGGGGGAGUUGCGAUCUCCAUUACGUCGGUGCCUUAUACCAGGGCUGCUGCCAUUGGAUUGCAUAGUUUGGAGACGAGUCACCAAGGUAGCUCUGAGAUCGAACACACAACCACAAGGAAGCAACACCUCCACGUCUUUGUUUGCAGAGACUCCAAUAUGGCAACCGCAGUACCAGAAAAGAAGAAGCCGAGUGCUAUGCGCUCUAUUAUUGCAGGCGCAACCGCUGGAGCUGUAGAGAUAUCUAUCACAUACCCUGCCGAAUUCGCAAAAACAAGAUCCCAACUCAACCGGAGAUUAGCGGAUGGCAAGAAGCUGCCGUGGCCACCAUUUGGCAAGCAAUGGUAUGCAGGGUGUACGACUCUGAUCAUUGGCAACUCGUUGAAGGCAGGCAUAAGAUUUGUCGCAUUUGACGCAUACAAGAACAUGCUGGCAGAUGCUGAAGGAAAGGUCUCCGGGCCGGCGACAGUCAUUGCAGGGUUUGGUGCAGGAGCGACAGAGUCACUGCUCGCUGUCACUCCAUUUGAGAGCAUUAAGACGCAACUUAUUGACGACCGUAAAUCUGCAAACCCUCGCAUGCGCGGUUUUCUACACGGCUCAAGACUCAUCGCCCAAGAAAAGGGUAUUCGUGGCUUCUUCCAGGGGUUCGUUCCUACGACUGCUCGACAGGCCGCCAACUCGGCCGUACGGUUUUCCAGUUAUACAUCGCUUAAGCAGCUGGCACAAUCCUACGUUGCUCCGGGUGAGAAAUUAGGGGCAGUUAGUACGUUCGGCCUUGGAGGUCUCGCUGGUAUUAUCACGGUCUACACAACCAUGCCCAUCGACACAGUCAAGACACGGAUGCAAUCGAUCGAGGCACGCAGCGCAUACAAGAACAGCUUAGACUGUGUGAUCAAGAUCUUCAAGGAUGAGGGAGUUCUGACUUUCUGGUCUGGUGCUGUUCCUAGGCUGGGACGUCUCAUCUUAAGCGGUGGCAUCGUUUUCACUAUGUACGAAAAGUCGAUGGAGCUGAUGGACAGGCUCGAUCCUAAUGGACAGUACAUAUAGAAAGCGUUGACCAACAAACAACCAGCUCGUUGUUGUUUGCGGGUCUAAGGAAACUAGCCAAACAUCCGCAUGAGGCCUUCCAUGGCAGAAAGAUAUGGAAAUGCGACACUUGGACACGUGAUCAUCUAGUGCUGAAGAGCAUGGAAUCUUAAAUGAUAGACGUAGUACAUUUAGUGGCCUACUCACGUUUUUGACGACUGCUUGAAUGGUAGUAUGGUCGAGUGCCGCUUUGCCUAGUUCCCAGAAACGCCCGCCACACUG